GACGUCAGAGCAUCCUUGGUCCAAUUAGAGCCCUGGUGCAUCGUGGGCAUAUAAAAAGGACUACGAGGCGCCGGACCGCUCGGAUUGCAAGGAGGUCGCGUUUUUCUUUCUGGUGCAACCCUGCGGAAAAUGUCUCUUCAGGCUGACUUUGAGAGUGCAGCAGAAAGCGUCAAGAAAUUAAAGACCAGACCGAGUGAUGAUGAGCUGAGGGAGCUCUAUGGACUCUACAAACAGUCUGUUGUGGGAGACAUUAACAUUGAAUGUCCGGGAAUGCUAGACUUGAAAGGCAAAGCCAAAUGGGAAGCUUGGAACCAAAAGAAAGGUAUGUCAAAGGAAAAUGCCAUGAAGGCUUACAUUUCAAAAGCCAAUGAGCUGAUACAGAAAUAUGGAAAGUAGAGUUCUCACAAUUAUAUUAACUCUUCAGUAGCUAACUAACAGUUUUAAGGCAAGAGCAUUACUCACUUUGCAGUUGAUGUAGAACUUUAUUGUCAGAAUUUCAACUCUAUAAAUUGUAUCUGGGCUGUAUUUGUUUAAAAUAAAUUUUUACUUACUACUGGUUUGACUGUAAACUAUCCAAUUUCUAAUAAAAUUUCACAGUUCAGGGCACUUAAAAGUUGAAAAUUGUCAGUUUUGAAAAAUGCAUCUGCAUAAUUUUUUUUUCACUGUGAUAAAAUAAUUCAAUUCUUUAA